AUGAGUACAAAUCAAAAGCCGGAAAAUAAGGAAACGUUUAACCUGGAGCGUGCCGAAGAAGACGACGAAUUUGAAGAAUUUGAGAAGGAUGAUUGGAUGACCAGCUCUUCCAACCUUUCUUUGUCUAUUCAUUGGGAAGAUAACUGGGAUUCUGCAAACGUGAAUGACGACUUUUGUACACAGUUGCGUGCUGAGUUGGACAAAGCAAAGACUGCUUAAGUAAUCUUGUACCCUUGAAA